GGGCCGCGGUGGUCCCACAUACUUGUGCUCGCAUCGGGGAUAUCCCCUUGUAUUUAAGACUUGGUAGAAAACUCUGAAGUUUAUUGGUCUAAACCAUUGUAGCUAAAUAUGCCUUAGCAUGCGUAUAACUGCAAGGCCGUUUAUUAUUGUCAGUCCACUUGCUUUGUCCAAAAUUUGACAAUAGUCGGGUCUCAUUUUGUAUGCGUUGUUAUUGAACAGACGCUACUGUGACGUCCGUUUGGAACUGAAUUUUAAUAUCUGCCAAACAGUCGUUGGGUUUCUUAAACAUUUCGUAACACAAAUGACAACGCAGCUGUAUUUACGGUCGAGACAGACAGCUGGUGUAGAAGGUUGGCCCUAACAAAAUUUGGAGAAGAGGGGGAAAUAACAGACAUCUAAUCAGUAACCGUCCAGAGACAACAAAAUGGGUCCCGAUGAGUGUGGUCAGCCCCAUGGGUCAAACAUGUCACUCAAAGCCCAAGAGGCUGAACGCACCUACAAUGAUGAUGCAAUGUGGAAGACAGACCACAACGGAUACUCGGCACUGAAUGAGAUGACGAACACAGAGAAAUCGAACGGAAGGGGGUCUAGGAACGGGUACUCUGCUGUGCCAACUGGUGUGGAGAUGGAGGUGCGAGUUGAGAAUGGCGAGACCGUUUCAGAUAUAAAGAAACACCGGCUGGAGAGUAUAGACUUCGGACGUACGCCUCCAGACAGAUGGAAUUUAGUGUACUGGAUCAUGGUCCUGCAUGGUGUUGGUGUUCUCUUGCCAUGGAAUAUGUUUAUAACGGCUGAAGGCUAUUUCACCGAUCACAAAUUUGGAAAUCUUAGCUCAGAUGUUGGAUACAAGGAUAAAUUUGUAAGCUACCUUGGUAUAGCAGCAUUCACACCGAAUAUCACGCUUAUGGUUGUAUCAUUAUUUUUCCAACACAAAACAUCAAGAUGGCAUAUCCCAAUUUCGCUUGUAGCACUUUUCAUCAUGUUUAUAAUCACAACGCUGCUUGCUGUUAUUGAUACUAAUGAUUGGCCACGUAUAUUCUUUAUGGUAACAAUGGCGAGUAUUGUUUUAAUUAAUGGCUGCACUGCAAUCUAUCAGUCCGGUAUGUUUGGAAUUGCUGCACGAUUCCCAUCACGCUAUAUGCAAGGAUAUGUCAUUGGCCAGGGCCUUGGAGGAACAUUUGUAGCACUGAUUAGUAUUCUAUCCAUUGCUGCUGCUAAAAGUUUACGAAAUGCUGCCAUUGGCUUCUUUGGCUGUGCCUGCCUCGUGAUUGGUAUUUGUUUCAUCUCUUACAAUAUGUUGUUUAAAUUAUCAUUUUCAAAGUACUACAUCGGACAUGAACAAAGCAAUGAUAAUGAUGAUGAUAAAGCAGUAGUAACACAUAAAAGACCACCGUACGGAAGGAUCUUCGUUGCGGUUUCCAAACAACUGUUCAACAUAUGGCUUACUUUUUUCGUCACCUUGGCUGUGUUCCCACCAAUGCUGGUGCAAGUUGAGCCUGCCACACCAGAGCCCAGAUCAACGUUCUUCGAUGUGUACUUUACACCGGUAACAUGCUUCUUUAUGUUCAAUUUCCUGGACUUCCUUGGCAGUUGCAUUCCUGGUUACUUACGACCACCUCCACCAAACUAUUUGUGGAUACCAGUGGCCAUCCGCCUUGUGUUUUUCCCUAUAUUUAUGUUUUGUAACUACCGUCCAGAAACCAGAACCUUACCGGUAUUCUUUCUAAAUGAUUACCUGUACAUUGGUUUUAUAUUCAUCUUCUCGAUCUCCAAUGGGUACCUGAAAACAGCUGCUAUGGUUGCUGGUGCAAGGUAAGUUAUUGUGUUUCUU